GUUCUCGUGUGAAGAAGACAGUGAAUUGACACCAAAGGUGAGGCCGCUCUGCGAGUGGGCACCUCAAAACCUCUGCUAGGUUUACUCUUCACACAACACCAAAUCUUGCCACUCUCAAGAGCAGAACAACUUCCAAACUUCGCAUUACCAUAGCGACAGUCAUUUUACGGAUCAUUUCCUUUAAGCAAACUUCAGUAAAACAAUACCACCAUUACUUCAGACGCUGUCUGAAGCUUCUGGAGGUGGAAUUCAUAUUGCGAUGGCGUCGUCCUCCGCAGAUAAGAAACAUCCAGAGACACCUUCUUCGCAACUUCAAGCUCUCCAGGAGGUAAUCGACGGCUUGAAAAGACUCUCCCACCGAGUUUCACAACCUCAUCCCAUCGCUAUUGAUAGCAACAUUACUCUACUCAACUCUGUGACUGUUGGAGAUGGCUUUGUCCCAGGCAAAGCACAAUCCGAGGAUGGUGAUAUCGAGAGCGAUAAUGAGGCUGUUGAGGAUGAUUCGCUCUUCUUAGGUGUGGAUGAGCCGCUCCCAAAGGGAGAUUCAGAAUACCGAGACGAGAAAGGCUUGCAAGAAGAUGAUGAGGACCUUGUCGACGAGGACGAUGAAGACUCUGUUCGAGACCUUUCCGAGUUGGUUGAUUGGCUCAACGCUCUGAAACCUCAUAUUCUGGGGCUGCACUCGGUAUUGCACGGAAUCUGUCCGUCACUGCGGAUCCAAGCCAGAAAUCACCAACUCGUAGCCUUGGGAAAGGUUGAAUUCAAUCGAACCACGGACUUAAAGGAUACAAUGAUCGCAGAUCCCAUGGGUCUUGGGAAGACCCUUGUUGCCAUUAUGGCUCUCGCGAAUGCAGCCCCAUCCGCCAAACGGUUUUCUAUGAUUGUUGCAACGUCAAGUUGUAUCAAGCAGUGGGAGGAUGAGAUUACUAAGUUCCUACAGCCUAAUACUCUCAAAAUCCUGGUCCUUCGUGACCCCAACACCUCACCGCUAGAACUUCUCAAGUAUGAUGUGCUCCUGAUCAGCUAUCAUUUUGUGAUGGCGCAAUAUAAGAAGAUGAUGAAAUUCUUGAAAUCUGUGGAACAGAUUAAGCAAGGAGUCAAUGCUCUUCCAAAACGCCCAAAUACGACCAUUUUCUCAGACAUCUUCUACUCCCAAGAUACCAAAUGCCCCUAUCUCGUUCUAGACGAGGUCACAGCAGUGAAGAAUACGAGUUCUGCAACGUUUCUUGCCACGGAAGAACUCAAAUCGCUGGCGGAAAGCACCAUCAUGCUCACAGGCUCACCGGUCGACAAUACGUGGUUCGACCUCUACGCCUACACUCAACUGAUACCCUCCCACGACAUACGCAGCAAGCUCGCUAUGAGAACGCUCUUUGCCAGAAAAAUGAAAAAAGGGAGAUGGGGCCCCCCAGUUGGCAAUGGAUUCAGACGGCUUGUGCAAUUACUCAACAGUUUUGUUGUGAGAAGACCAGAAUCUGUUAUUGCUCUCCCGCCACUGCAAACACGCACAGUGAAAUUCUGUCUCACUUAUGCUGAGGCCGCAGAAUCUGAGCUUCAUUAUUCAAAAUAUAUAACGAUCAUUAACGCAAAUUCGGGGUCGGACGGCGUCGGAGAAUUCUCCCCCUGGGGUAGACUGACUCUAGCACUACAAGCUGCUUGUCACCCUGCUCUGGAGAAGAUUAUGAACCUCGUCAAGAAUCCUGACGCUGAGCUAGACGGCGAUCUGGCUGCAGUAGAUGCAUUCUCAGAGGCAAAAGAAAUCGAGCAAUGGGUUCGAUGGAAGGAAGAGAUUGAGAAAAAUGAGAACUGGCGCUCCUCGCGGAUUGAUGCUAUCAUCGACAUACUCAACGAGUUCCGGGAUAAGGAUCCAACUUUUAAAGUGAUCAUUUUCGAUGAAUCGGUUUACUUUCUCGACAUUGUCGAGGUUGCCCUUUCAAAUAUGUUUGAGCCAGAAGCAUGUCUUCGAUAUGACGGGAGAACAAUCGCAGAGAAGAGAGCUGUUGUGUUGGAAGAGUUUUCGAAACCAGGAGGGCCUCGUGUUUUGCUGGCUUCUAGAGGCGCAGGAGGGAUCGGCCUCAAUAUCACAGCUGCGAACAAGGUAAUACUUUGUGGUCCAUGGUGGAAGACUGAACUUGAAGAACAAGCGAUCAAACGGGCGCAUCGGCCAGGACAGAAGAGAGCAGUGGAAGCGGUUAAAUUGGAGGCCUAUUGUUCAAUUGAAGGAUACAAAGCAGGAGUCCGAAGCUCAAAGCACAAACACAACUCAAAGAUUGUGGAAAAGAUUACUAGAGCUGAUGGAGAGUUGCCAAACGUCUACGAUGAUCUAUAG